UCUGUCUAUAUAUGUUUCUUUCUUUCUCCUAUUAGUCACUUUCUUUCUAUCUCUUGUUGUAAAUUGUAACAGGGAGAAUUGGCGACCCCAUUAGGCCAUUACCACACCAAUAGCAGCAACCUCACACCACCACCACCCUCCCCUCUCCCUCAAAACAUUAUGAGACUAGAAAUAAAACAAAAGGUGGUAGAUGCAUGACUAACAACAUCAACUACUACUAUCACCCCCCAAGCCCAUCCCAUCCCAUCCCAUCCCAGCCCCUCCUCCCCCUCUAUCUCUUCUAUGCUCUCUUUAUCUUCACCACCCUUUCCCUUGUAAACCGUAAUCCUUUAGAUUUCUCCCUUGGAAAACAAACACAAAGUUGACAAUCCUCGGUUUCCACGCUUCUCGCCACUUCUUUUUACUCAUCACUUCUCAGGAAUAUUGAAGAUAGCCAUGGUGAGCAUUCGAAGACGCAAACUCUUAGGUUCUGGGCGCAGCAAUCCCUUCUUGGCCCCGCUGCCCAAGUUCUCUGAGAAUGGGUACACUCCUGAAAUCCGCAUGCAGAACACUAAACCAUUCAGUGUUCAUCCUAUACCAUCAAACGAUGUUGAUGAAACAAAGGAGAAACUCUCCCCACUGAAGGCCUCUGGGUCAUCAAAUGUGCCUGCUUGUACAGAAUUAAAGGAACAACAUACUCGACAAUUCCCAGAAGUUAAACGCAGAAAGCGACAUAGGAGAAAGCAUUUUGAGAACCAAGAACAAUGUGUAAUGAGAGGUGUCUACUUCAAGAAUAUGAAAUGGCAGGCAGCCAUUAAGGUAGACAAGAAGCAGAUCCACUUAGGAACGGUUGGUUCUCAAGAAGAAGCUGCUCGACUAUAUGACAGAGCAGCUUUUAUGUGCGGCAGGGAACCUAACUUCGAACUCUCGGAGGAGGAGAAGCAAGAGCUUAGGAAUUUCAAGUGGGAUGAAUUCUUAGCAAUUACUCGUUCUGCAAUUAAUCACAAAAAACACCACAGAAGAAAUGGAGCAGGUUCACGAAGAAAACCGGAGUCUAUGAUGCUGAAAAGGGCCUUGGAGAGUGAGGAAGGAGGCAAUGGUCUCUCAGGUUCAGAAGACACUGCAGAACCAGACACAUCGGGUUCCUGAAAUCCCCAUUCCCUGCAGUCGAGCAGGCUGAAAAGAACAAUUUUUAUUUUUUGGGCAAAUUUUUAAAGCAUUCUCUGCCUCUUAUAUCUUGUUCCAUUUUUUUUUUUUUCAAAUUAAACGUAAGAGCCCCUAUUAGGGCAGAUGCAUGGUCCGCUUGAUUAACAGAGAGUGUAUCCCUAUGAUUUUCAAAGAAUGCUCAAUCAUGAUUACGUGGGUCACAAA